AUGGUUGGCUAUGGAGUUCAGAUCCUCGGGAUGGGAAUCGUGACUAUAUUGUUUGCUUCUUUCGGAUUUAUGUCCCCGGCAUCUCGAGGAACCCUCAUUGCAUGUAUGCUAUUCUUCUACAUGAUUCUCGUGAUUGCAACUGGCUAUGUUGCAGUUCGGCUUUGGAGAACUAUCAGCUAUGGUGAUCAGAUCACAAGGGAUGGGCUUCGGUCGCAUGGAAGGCAGCUUGUUUUUCCUUGUAUUGCCUUCUCGAUUCUCACCACGUUGAAUUUCCUAUUUUGGGGAAGCCAUAGCACAGGAGCUAUCCCGUUUUCGCUCUUCGUUAUCCUACUGCUACUCUGGUUCUGCAUCUCGGUUCCACUCACCCUAAUCGGUGGAUACUUCGGGGCAAAGGCACCUCACAUUGAAUGCCCUGUUCGAACCAACCAGAUCCCUCAAAAAUACCCAUCAUGGCUAUUGGUUCUUGGUGCUGGAACUCUACCUUUCGGUACCCUUGUCAUCGAGCUUUUCUUCAUCAUGUCGAGCAAGGGGAGAGGAGUAGGGAGGGAGAAGGGGGGCACGCGGGGUUUUACCGUGUCUCGGUCAUAA